CUUAGAUUCGAUGGAUGUUCAAUAAGUAAAGUUUGAUACUCGUGGUAUCAUAAUCUACGGGUAUCAUAAAGUUAUUUUUCACACAACCCUUCUUUCAGGUCACAUAUAUAAAAGAUCGAUCUUAAUGUCACAUUUUCAGCAUUCACUUCAUUUACUCCAACAUACUAAAAAUGCGCUCAUCUAUUCCCAUUCUAAUCUGCUGCUUAUAUGCACUUAGCGCUGUUGACGCCACACCAUUUUCAAAGGCAGGAAAUGCCGAAGUUCAGCAAGGUAAUGUCAAGGCUGCCGAACCUCAACAACUUUGGUCCGAAGACAAGGGUGAUGAUGAUGAUGAGGAGGACAAAGGUGGCCACAAUGGCGAUGAAUGUGCUACCCGCUCAGUUUCCAUCCUGAUUGGAUCUAGCACCUAUGCCAUUCCCUGCUUGGGAGCCGGUUCUAUCGUUAAUCUCAACGGUCUUCUUGCCGAUGCCCUUCCUUCAGUUUUCCCCUCUCCAUCUCCUUCUUCUUCUGUUGCUAGCUCUUCUGCUGUUUCCAGCUCUGCCGCUUCCAGCUCUGCUGCUUCUAGUUCUGACGUUUCCAGCUCUGGUGUUUCCAGUUCUGAUGCUUCUACCACCUCUGACACCACCACCACCACUACUACUACUACCGAUACCACUACCACUACUACCACUACCGACACUACCACUACCGACACUACCACUACCGAUACUACCACUACCACUACCACUACCACAGCAACCACCCCUUAAAGCUGAUAGAUGUAUCAGAUAAUUUUUGCGUACUUAUUUGUUGAAGGUUUGCUUCAAACAAAUGCUCAAGUUGAUCUUCUCGUAUCUACAUUUCCUUUUGCAUAACGGAUGAUAAUGUAAUUAUCUUAAUAAAUGAAUGCAACGAAGUUGAAACGUGGACUGAUGACUUAAUUGCCACUAUCUCCGAUGC